GCUCAGCUGUUUUUACUUUCCUUUCUCCACCUGCCUACCUAUCUAGCUACACACACAUACAUAACGGCCAAGCUAGUAAGCUCCUCAGAUCAGCCAGGGCACUUCAAUCGCAUGAUGAUGGCGAUGAUGCCGGGGCUAGCUGCCUGCUGCGUAGAUGCAGCCGGAAUCACCGCGCCGUCACCAUGCGGGACGCGGGCACCACCGCGGCGAGCCGCCUACUUCCGCCGGCGUAUGAUCACGGCGGCAGCGAUGACGGCGCCGGAGAAGGCCGAGGUGCUGCGGUCGCUGGACGGGUGGGCGGAGUCGAACCUGCUGCCGCUGCUGAAGCCGGUGGAGCGGUCGUGGCAGCCGCACGACCUGCUGCCGGACUCGUCGUCGCCGGGGUUCCGCGAGGCGGUGGACGAGCUGCGGGCGCGGGCGCGGGAGAUCCCCGACGACUACUACGUGUGCCUGGUGGGCAACAUGGUGACGGAGGAGGCCCUCCCCACGUACCACGCCGCCCUCAACAGCUUCGUGGGCUACGACUCCCCCUCCUGCGCCGACGCCUGGGCGCGGUGGUCCCGCGGGUGGACGGCGGAGGAGAACCGCCACGGCGACCUCCUCAACCGCUACCUCUACCUGUGCGGGCGCGUGGACGUCCGGCGCGUGGAGCAGACGAUCCACCACCUCAUCGCCGCCGGGAUGCAGCUGGCCGCCGGCGGGUGCCCGUACCGGGGGUUCAUCUACACGGCGUUCCAGGAGCGCGCCACGGCGAUCUCGCACGGCAACACGGCGCGGCGCGCGGCGGCGCUGGGCGACGCGAGCCUGGCGCGGGUCUGCGGCGCCAUCGCGGGCGACGAGAGGCGGCACGAGGCGGCGUACACGCGGGUGGUGGCGGAGCUGUUCCGGCGGACCCCGGACGCCGCCAUGCGCGCGCUCGGGUACAUGAUGCGGGAGCGGAUCCUGAUGCCGGCCCACCACAUGUUCGACGGGCGGGACGCGGAGCUGUUCCGGCACUACGCCGCCGUGGCGCAGGGGCUCGGCGUCUACACCACCGCCGACUACGCCGGCCUCGUGGAGUUCUUCGUGGAGCGGUGGGGCGUCGCGGAGCUCGGCCACGGGCUCACCGGCGAGGGCAGGCGCGCGCAGGAGUACGUCUGCCGGCUGCCGGAGAGGGUGCGCAGGAUGGACGCGCGGCGGCGGCAGACGCAGCUGCAACGGGUGCCCUUCUCCUGGGUGUUCGACAGGCAGGUGGAGCUGGAGCUCUGAUGGUGGCCAUGGCCGAUCGAGCUGCCGCUGCCGCUGCUGCAAUAUGUCUCCAGUACUGAGCUCCAACUACCGUAGGCAUCUGCCCGAUGCCAAUCAAGUCCGGUGUGCGUCUCUAUGGUAAUUGAGUUGAAUGGCACGUGUUGUGUACUGUGCGUCAGCCACUGUAUGUGACUGUGGUUACCAGUAAAAUAGCUUGUAUGGUUGCAGCAAGCUCCACAGGUGUGCGGUCUGGUGGUCUUCGUGCAGUUGGGGAUCAGGAGAGUAUUCAAAUAAAUCGUACGGCGCGUACCAUGU